AGCUUUUCCUUCAUCCAAAUCAAUGGCAGCUCCAAGUGACUGGUGCUUCCUCAGAAAUGUAAACACCAAGACAAAACAAUGUGCAAUUAAAGUUCGUGUGGUUCGAGCAUACCGAUGUCCUCCACAUGCUUCUCGCAGAGAAACUUUAGAGAUUCUUUUUCACGACCAGCAGAUGCCAUUGGACGAGUAGUGGCCUGUUCAGAACAAAAAAUGAGAAUUGUUAAUGGGGAGGUGAAAAACGUCAUGGAUAUUACUCUAGAAGACAACGAGGGUUUCCAACUCCGAUGCACAUUAUGGGGAGAAUAUGUGGCGCAUAUGGUGGAUCAAGUUGGAUUGGGUUUGAAUGAACCAUUAAUUUAUUGUAUACUCCCAAGUGAGAUGUGCAUUUCAACGGCAUUUCACGCAACAAGGUUGAUUUUUGACAAUGAAAAUGCUUCCAUUCGAGAUUUUAAAAACAAGAUGAAGACAUCAACUGGCAGUAUAACUUUGAGCUGUGGGAAUUCUCAAAGCCAGUCAGAGAGCAGCAUGUCUCAGGAAAUACAAAGUGGCAGAUUGGAAGUAUUAAGCAUUGAGGAAUUACUUUCAAGAAAUGAAGCAGGGCAUUACUGGAUUUUGGCUACGAUUGUGGAUAUCAAAAAUUACAAGAAUUGGUUUUACUUGGGCUGUGCAUCAUGCAACAAAAAGGUCAAUAAAGAGGAAUCGCGAUUUCGUUGUUCUGGGUGUAACAAGAUAACAGCAGAAGGAAACUACAGGUAUAGGAUCAAUGUGUUGGUUAUGGACCCUACCGACUACACCACCAUAACACUUUGGGAUAGAGAAUGCACCGACUUGCUAGGAAGGUCGACAAGUGGAAUGAGAGACCUCAUGGCUGAGCGUACGGGAAACGCAGAUUCCAUCCCAUUGCCAGAAAUUGAGAGUUUGAUCCAGAGAAAGGGUCUUUUCCGAGUAAGUGUAAAACCAAAGUCAGAAGAUUUUUUUCUCGAGGCUAAGUCAUUUGGUGUUACGGCAAUGAUUUCUGACCCCAAUAUAUGGAAGUUGUACGAUACCCACGAUGGGGAGGACAUGAAAUUAGGCUUUUGGGACGAAGAAGAAGUUAUUGUUGAAAAUGAAGAGGUCAAAAUUCCCGAUGAGAUACCCUCGGCGAGCAGCUGUCUUGGUGGAAAACGCAAGCAUGAGAUUUAUAAGGAAGCCGAUGACCCUACUAAGAGGGAUCUAGAUGAGGAAUUUGGCGCCACAAAAGAGCUCCUUAAAAUGAAGGCCAUUAAAACUGAGAAAUAGAGAAUGGGUCAAAUUUUAUCAAUUUGAACAUGCUUUAAUUUAUAUUCGCAUUGUAUCAUACCUUUGGGUGGAAAAUAUUAAAUAUGUACUCUUCCAUACAUGUUUGAAGCCUGAAAGAAUUAAACAAAUUUAGUACAUCAUU